UACUUAAAUUCUGCAAAAGAAUACAUGUGUUGGCCCAUGCAGGUCUCGAACCUGCGACCCUUGCGUUAUGAGCGCGACGCUCUAACCGACUGAGCUAAUAGGCCAAUCUGCUCAAUAGGGUUUGCUCACGAAUUCGUUGGACCAAGGAGACCUAGAUUGCCAUGGCGUAUGCCGUGGCAAUGGCGUACAUUGUCUUGUUCUCCCAACGCAUCGUACGGCUACCUAGAAGAAAAGCUUACUGGUGAUUGGUAUGUAGUUAGUUCAGAUUUACCGUCGGCUAGUGGAUCCCAAAAGCAAGAGCUUGCCGUGACAAGCCCAGCGCCGUUCUUUUGCAUGAUCAUACAGACUGUGGAUGUCCAUUGGCCGAUCUAUAAGAAGAUCGCCACUGAUCGCAUAGAGCUUGCGAGCGAUUCAUCGAGGCAUUCCUUGAGGAUGUUGUUCACGUCAUCGCCAUUGAAUUUGGGCUGCGACAAGAGCAGAUUGAUCGAUGGAUUUGCGGGAGAAUUUCUUCACUCACAUCGAUUGCCGGCUCGCUUGCUUCUGCCGCCGCAGCCGCCAUUCUUCCGAUCAGCUUGAAAUCGCGAAAAAAAUUCC